AUGAAGAUCGCCCAGAAGAUCCUUCUGGCUCAGCUCUCUUCUCCGGACAACAGUUCGACUCACUGCAAUGUCGACACUUCGGCCCACAUUUUCUUCCUGGUGAUCCACACUCUGAUGUUUCUGGUGGGUUUGCUCCUCAACGGUUUCACCCUGAAGGUUUACUUCUGCCGAGCUCAGCAGAAGGUGUCCAGCAGCAUGACCAUCUACCUGAAGAACCUGGCAGCCGCUGACUUCAUGAUCAGCCUCUGCCUGCCCAUCCGAAUCGUCAACUACGCCAGCAGCUCCGUCUCCAUCCGCCGGGUCUACUGCAACUUUGGUGCCGUCGCCUUCUACCUCAACAUGUAUGCCAGCAUUCUGUUCAUGGGUUACAUCGCAGCUAACAGGUAUCUGAAGAUCGUCCGUCCCUUAGAAACCCACAUCCUGCAGACGGUGCGAGCCGCCCACAUCAUCUCCACGAUGACCUGGGUUUUCCUCUUGGCCACGAUCAGCACCUACGUCACCCUGUUGCUCCUCACCCAGGAACCAUUAUCCUCUGUCCCCAGCGCAGUGAACUGUGACGUCCUGCACAGCAAACAGCUCAGCAUCUUAUACAAAAUCAUCCACACCUGCUCCCUUGUCGUCUUCCUGCUCGUCCUCGUCUCUCUGGUCUUCUUCUACUACAGCACCACCCGCAGGCUGUCUCUGGCACAACAGAGGCUGCCGGCAUCCUCCACCUCCAACAAGCUUGCCAAGUCACGCAGGAACAUGUUGGUGCUGGUCAUCGUCUUCUGCGUCUGCUUCCUCCCUUACCACCUGGUUCGCCUUCCCUACACAUUCCUGAGGAGGAGCUGCUCACAGAGCCAGGGGUUCUUCUACCUGAAGGAGCUGACCAUCAUGCUGUCGGUCCUCAACGUCUGCCUGGACCCGCUCAUCUAUUUCAUCUUCUGCAAGGCCUUCCGGGCCCAGCUGAGCCUGAGGAAGGUGUUCAGCACCACACAGGGCGCAACGCAAGGCGCAAACACUGAGAGGAGGUGCAGCGAUGGGCGGAUGAGCACCAACCAAUUCAACAGGAAGAUGUCGCUCACCACGACAACUAAGCAGAUCAGCGUGCUGUAG